UAUGUGACAUUAGUCAUUUUCAAUACUAUUUAGGGCAGAUAGGGUGGAUAGUGUGGACAUUGGGACGCAGGAAUGGGACAAAACCAGGGCAAGGAGGGGGAGAUAGGGCAGGACAACAGCUCUGCAGGACCAGAGGAAAAGGGACCAAGCCCAGACCCUGGGGGGGCCAAAGAGGAAGGAAAUCUAACCAUUGAAACUCAUGGUGUCAGGACAGAUGAGGAGAACACAGGCGGUGGAGGGUUGGAUGGAGGCCCAGGCAGGGAGUCACCAUCACCUACACCAGUGCAUGGUUUGGAUUCUCAUGAUAAGGUGUGCGCUCCCACGGAUGGGGGGGUUGAAGAGGGAAGGGGUGGCGAGAAAGAGGGAGGAAGAAAGAGUAGUGAGGAAGGCAGGGCUGGACCGCUGGCUCCACAGCAGCUGAAUGGAAUCGCACAGUCUGACAGUGAACCAGACCACGAGAGAAAAGACUUGGAGAGUACACUAGAAGACCAUCAGGGGAAACUUAGGUGUGACCUUCCUGGUAAAGAGAAAGUUGAAAGCGGUCGCAAAGGAGAAAACAGGAGUAAGAAGUGCGCUUCACAUGUAAAGAACAAAAUGGAGUCUGUCUGUGGAGAUGACGACAAGCUAAAGAGCCAGGAAGAGGACAGAAAAGCUGCCUGUGAUAUUACAGGCCCUACCUUGGAGAUUCUGGAAGGGAAGGACAUUUCAAAACCACGUGGUGGGGACGCCAACACCAAUGUUCACUUCACAGUUCAAGACCAAGCUUUAGUCAUUACCGAAAACGUCAAGUUGAAGACCGGCAUGACUGAAUCGCAAAACAAGAGGCCGAUCAACAAGCCCACAACAUCAAACCUUGUAAUGAACUCACAAGCGGAAACAUCAAAGGACAUCACUGAGGCAAUUCAGCACAGCAACGAAGAAAUACAGAAGAAGUUGCCAGAGAAUCCAGAUAAGAUUGUAACAGGAAAUUCCCCGAAGAACGUCGAAACCCAAGGGUGGUCAGUGAAGGAUGUCUACGGAGCCAGAGAACCAGAAACCUCCAGCGCUGAACGCUCGUCCCUGAUGAAUGCAGAAACCCAGGGGCGGUCGAUGAAGGAUGUCUGCAGAGCCAGAGAAAACGUUACGGGGCGUCAGCCAACAGAUGAUGUCAUAAAGACCAGAUUUACUAGUUCAUCUCUGACAGGUGCGGAUUUACAAAGCAAAGCUGUGAGUCUGAGCCCAGAGGACCUCAGCGCCUUAGAAGUGGCAUCCAAGUCACCUCGGGGUCACUCAGAGAGCCAUCGACAAAUGUCUGCGGGAGAAUUCACACAGGACCGGCUUCAGAAAGAAAGGCAAUUUAAUGUGUCAGACUUGGAGAGCCCUUGGACAGAGGAACCUUCACUUGGGAGAUCACCCGCUGGAGGUCAUAAAAAUAAAGAUGGCAUGAGAGAGACCGAAGAAAGAGAAAAUCUGGAAUCUGCUUCAAAGGGUCCCUAUCAUUCCCAUGCAAAGAAAACCGAGAUAAAAGAUCUUUCUCUGCGUGGAACAGAAACGGAAGAGGGUUGUUUUGUGACAUCUAAUAUUGCCAGUGUAGGUAUGCUGGGUGAAAACAAAGCACGGCUACAAAGCUAUGAAGAUGAGAAAUGUAUUGCAUUCUCUGAAGACAUAACAGAUUCGAACCCCCCUUGUAAAUAUGAUGUUCAAGUUAUGCAAAAAAAUGAAAAAGAGGAUUCCCCUCUUUCAGCAAAGGCCAAAGUACACACAGAGAAAAGUCUGGAAGGGUUUCUGGCUGAAGCAGUGAUAAAACCCCUUCCAGAGACAGUGAAGGGUACGACACAUGAGAUGGAUCCAGAAUGUUCCUCUUCUGUAAGUGCAGUGAUUGAUGUAGAAGAUCCUACAAAACAACAGAGGUCAGUGGGAAACGCUAACUCGGGCGACAUGAUGACGCCAUCAGAGAGAGACAAGGUCAGCAAGUCUACUAUUAGCUUGCGUAAGGAAACAUCUGCAACUGGUUCCAUCUCUGAGCUCAUUGCUGGUCCUGAGACAACUUCAGGUCGCAUAGAUGAUAGGCCAAGUGUGGACAAGAAAACAGAAGUCACUCUGUCUGGCUCUUUUCAGCUUCAAGAAAAAUCUUUUUUGAAGAGUUUAACAAAUGCAACAACCCAUUCCACUGUAAGCCCGACAGACGUCUCCGAUCAGGUGUGGGAUGGUUGUACUGCCGGAGCUGCAUUAGCAGACAACGCAGCAAACACAUCUGCUGCACAAGAUGUGCAACAUUCCUCCUCCAUGUGCAACCUUAUAACUAUGCAAGCUAACGAGAAACCAGAUAAAGAACAGAACAAGCUGUCGACAAAAGCAAAUUGUCAUGUGUUAGGGGAGAAACAUUCAAGCCAGCUUGACCAAAAGCACGCAAUAGAAAGCAGCCCAACCACCACCAUGGAAGCACCACAGGGUGCACAGAAAAGACAUGUUUCUGAUAUGAUAAAGGAAACUAUUGAGUUGCAGAAGAAGAUGAAAGAGUGGACCAAGCCAGCUGAGGCCCGGGUCGAUCUGACCUUAGAUCCAACACAGUCUGUGAAAGUGUCACAGAUGAAAGCAGCAUUUGAUCUACCGAAGAAAUCACCUGACAAAGCUCUAGAGAGAAAACCUUCAGUAAGAAAAGAUAUGUUCAAACGGGUUGUGCGACAGAGUAAGUUCCGGCAUGUGUUCGGCCAGGCGGUGAAGAAUGACCAGUGCUAUGAUGACAUCAGGGUGUCCCGGGUCACGUGGGACAGCGCAUUCUGCGCAGUCAACCCCAGAUUUGUUGCCAUAAUUGUGGAGGCCAGUGGUGGAGGAGCGUUCAUGGUUUUGCCUCUUCACAAGUCGGGCCGUAUAGAUAAGGCCUACCCUACAGUAUGUGGCCACACUGGCCCUGUUCUGGACAUUGACUGGUGCCCUCACAAUGACCAGGUCAUCGCUAGUGGAUCUGAAGACUGCACUGUGAUGGUGUGGCAGAUCCCAGAGAACGGUUUGGUGACCUCCAUGGCAGAGCCGGUGGUGGUGCUGGAGGGUCAUUCUAAAAGAGUGGGAAUCGUUACCUGGCAUCCCACCGCCCGCAACAUCCUGCUCAGCGCAGGCUGUGAUAAUGUGGUUAUCAUCUGGAAUGUGGGGACGGGAGAAGCCAUGAUCACCAUGGAGGACAUGCACCCUGACAUCAUCUUCAGCGUCUGCUGGAACCGCAACGGCAGCCUCAUUUGCACCGCCUGCAAGGACAAGAAAGUCCGGGUCAUUGACCCACGCAAGGAGGAGAUCAUUGCGGAGAAGGACAAGGCCCAUGAGGGUGCCAGGCCCAUGAGAGCCAUUUUCCUGUCUGACGGCAAAGUGUUCACCACUGGUUUUAGCCGCAUGAGCGAGAGACAACUCGCCCUCUGGGAUCCGGACAAUAUGGAGGAGCCAGUUUCUGUCCAUGAGAUGGACACCAGUAACGGAGUCCUCCUGCCCUUCUAUGAUCCCGAUACUAACGUGGUCUACCUGUGUGGAAAGGGUGACAGCAGUAUCCGUUACUUUGAGAUCACAGACGAAGCUCCUUUUGUCCAUUACCUCAGCACCUUUACCACUAAGGAGCCUCAGAGGGGCAUGGGAUACAUGCCCAAGAGAGGGCUGGACGUCAACAAGUGUGAGAUCGCAAGGUUUUACAAACUGCAUGAGAGAAAGUGUGAACCUAUCAUCAUGACUGUGCCAAGAAAAUCGGACUUGUUCCAGGACGAUCUUUACCCCGACACGGCGGGUCCGGAUGCCCCCCUGGAGGCUGAGGAAUGGUUUGAAGGGAAGAACGGAGAACCUGUCCUGAUAUCCCUGAAACAUGGAUACAUCCCAGGCAAGAACCGUGAUCUCAAAGUGGUCAAGAAGAACAUCCUAGACAACAAGAUGAGCAAGAAUACAGAGAAUACUGCCCCUGCUGUCAAGACUGCCACCUCCACACCAUCUAUCAAAAGUGAAGCUAAGCUGGAAGAGGUUUUGAAAGAAAUGAAAUCUCUCAGAGAGCUGGUCAGCAGUCAGGAAAAAAGAAUUGCCAAACUUGAGGAGCAGCUGUCUAAAAUGGACAUCUAAUGGACCCUGAAAUCCCUUCCCCUUCUAUUCAGGAUAUCCCAUUGGCCAGGUGGGCGGGACCCGUCACUGCCAAUCACCAUGACAGCGUUCCGUCUGAAGCCUGCCUUGAAAAGACUCCAACCAACAUUCCAAGAUGAUAAUGUUUUUUUUUUUCUUUUUUUGCAAUCCCCAAAACCUGUUUAUACCUCAUAGCCAUUUGGAAAACUAGAAACGCAUUCAGUUUCUCUCAAUUUGACCUGAUUAGCUUUUUACUCAGUCUCACUCCAAAUCUUUCUGCAACGGCUGUGUUUUAUCUGGUGUUCUUGAAAGGUCUUAAGUUUUUUGUUUUGUUUUUCUUAUUAAAAUUGUGACCAAGCAGAUUGCAUCAUGAAGCAGUUACAUGAACUUGAUGAGCUCAGAGUUUGAAGUAGCCAUCAGUAUUGCAGUUCCCCUUUCGCCCUUCUGAGUUGCCAAAUUUAAUGAGGAGUUAUGCACCUCCCUGACAGUAUUUGACUAGCUUUUCAUUUUGUACUUUGUAAAAGGAACAAAGAUAUAUGCUAGUAAUGCAAGGAGGGAAAUCAUUGGAACCAUUCGUCAAUGUUAUAGGUGUCUUUCUAGAGAAUAAAAAAAAAUAAAGAUUUUAAUCAAACAUGUAGAGUUGACAAAGUUUACAAACCAGUACUGGAAAACAAUACAGGUGCACUAAAAUAUUCCAUACACAAAACAAUUCAGGUACCAAUGUAAAAGUAUUAAAAUAUUAAUUAGCAAAAUAAUUGUGGUUCUGAGGGUUGCCAUGAAUACAGCCAAUGUGUACUCUACUCACAACUCCAAACAUUUUAUCAUCAUAAUAAUAAUACAAGCAAAUUGAGUCUGUUUUCCCCUUUCUAGUUUCUACAUAACUGAACUUUCUUCUUCAUUCAUGUUCUGUUUCCUGAAUGAAGCCAUAACCAGUACGGGUCUCACUUUGUAAACUCUAGAAGGUCUCAGCUUCUAGUUUCACAUCCCAAAACAUGAUUAUAUAAGCUCAGAACUAGAUAGCACCCAUAGACGUUCGUUGCUUUACCAGCUCGAUAGCUUUUACACUGACUUUGUUCAGACAUCGUUCAGGUCUAAGGAACACCGUUAGGUUUGCUUUGCUUUCUCAUUGAUUCCUACAAAUCUCAUCUUGAGUUGUGCCGUCCACACCAUCUCAGAAACGAGCUUGUUUGAUGUACAUACUUUUGCUGUGCAUUGUAGACCGUGACUACCAGCACAAUAGUGAGUCAUGAUUGACUUCCUUUUCCUAAUAAGCUCUUUUGCAAUUGCACUGUCUCUCUUGCUCUCCCAGUCAAGCAGAACUAGUUCUCUCCAGGGACGGCUCGCAUCUAGAUGAUGAUUUCAUGAACGUGUUGUGUUGUGUCCACAAGUUUGAGCUGAUGACAACUGGCUUUUUUUUUUUGCUUGGUUAUGUAUUGGCCAUGCCAGGAAGAGAGGAAACUGUGAUUCUGUUGUUCAGAUUGCUUUGGCUACAACCUUCGUCAGAGCGUUCUCUUGUGGUUUUCGUUUUGACGUUUCUACAUAUCUCGUUCCGGUUCGCAUCACUGCCUAGUGCCUCUUUCAUAGAUUCAGAAAAGCAUCUUCCCUCCUCCACAUGCUUUUUCGUCUAAAAUAGCCACCGUCUUCUCACCUCAGAACCAUUACGUGACCUACAAGAACUUCAUUUGAAACGAGGCUGACAGCGACAACUCAGUACCUCUGAUGUCAUUCUCUCGCUUUCGUGCUCUCUUUUCUUGAAGUUUUAAAGUGAAGGGUUUGAAAAAGUAGGGGCCGUGUUUAUGGGUACAGAUGUGCCAAGUUGUGCGAUGGAUCCAUAUUGAGUGUUUAAGUGGCCUCAGGAGGCAUCUGUGAUGCAGCCUCGAGCGUGUGCUUUCAAACGAGUGAAUGAUUGAAGUGAAAAGGGAUUUUUGUAGGUUGAAAAGAUAAAGCAAGAAGAAGGCUGGAUGUAAGUGAUUUAUUUUGAUGCUUUGUAAAUAUAUUUUUUUAGUUUUCCUUUACUUUUUUUUUUCUUUGGCUGUAGGAAGGUGUUUGUCCAUCAUUUAGAGUUUGAUGGUUUUAAAUAAUUCCCCAUUUUCCCGCAUUGUUAUGCGCACUGUGAGCCUUUAAUGUUUCCAAUGAUAAAAUGAAAUAAGAAUCGAAAGGAAGGAGAUCUAGAAAUUCCAUUUUGUGCAUAACUGUUCCAUUUUUGUUCAUUCAUCUGCUUCAAGUAUAAAGAGUCUUACUGAUUACCAGAAAAAUAAAAAAAAUAAACUGAA